GAGGACUCUAGCUUCAGAAUUUUGGCACCAAAAUUCAUCUGCGGAAAGUCGAAAGCGGAGGGCACCUCGGAGAAUCAGACCAAUUCCGGUGUAUCGCAGCAAAUUACAAUUGGCACCUGCCGGUGAGACCUGCUGCCGCACGUUCAUGAGUUAUUGAUUUUUCCAUGGUUUAACUAGUAUAAUUUAUUCACGACACUCCCGUCGGCGCCGUGUUGCACACGCACGCACGAACCCUGCCAUCACAGCAUUUCACUUGUGGCACGUUGCAAUUAGAAAAAAAGCGCGCAAAAACGACUCUCUAAUUAUUCCUCCUCCCACAUUUUUGCAGCCUGCAGACCAAGGGUGGCCAGAAGUUGAAAUAUCAAGUAACUGUUACGUUUACGCUGCCCGGGUUCGUCAGCCAACGCCACACGCUGCAGCUGUGGAAAAGUGUCCGACAGCUCGAGCAAAGGCUUGAGAAGGAGCGGGAUGCGAUAUCCGACACGAAUCAAAUUUUGAUCAUGAACGAAGAGUUGGUAGCGGGGGUAAUUUACACGUUCAACAUUGUGGCGAUUGGAGAGGCGGGCCCCAUUGGCGUUGGUCAAAACUUUACGAUUAUGUAUCGCGGACGGAAUUCACAGGCUUCGGUAGAUCAGGAUGGUUCAUCGAACAGCGAGGACGUUUCGUUGCUACUGCUCGGGGCCGAGGUGUGUUACGCGGAUAUUCCGUACAUUCUGAAGGCUCGACUUAUAUUUUGUGAGCCGAAGAACGACUACAAGCUGGCGUGGAGCAUUACAGGGGUCGAUCACGUGAGUGUCAAUACUGAAUCAAGUGUGCUGCAGAUCCCAUCGGGUGUGCUGAGUCCAGGUUCAAUAUAUUCUAUAAGCGUUCGCGUGGUUGGAACGUCGAGCGGUAACGAAAUUGUUAAGACAACGAUGAAACUGACUGUAUUGAAGCGACCUCUGAGGGGAAACAUCUACCCCUUUGAUGCUACAGUUGGUUUUGCACAAACUACGGAAGUUAGGGUUGCCUACAACAAGCCAGUCGACGAGGUUUCCUGGGAGUGUAAGGAGUCUGCAGAUAUUAACUGUACUGGAAACUUGAUUCAAGCGAAGAAUUUAGUGACAACGUCAUUCUUGAAAGAGUCCAAGUUCCAGAUAUCUGCCUCGAUAGAACAGUUAACACUCGUUUCGAACAUCCAAGUAAAUGCCAAGUCUACAAUUUCUGUAACGCUCCAGAAGACACCCCCGCUCUAUCUGAUACCUGGUAAUCGUUACGAAGUAACCGUGGACGUAGCCGGUCUCGUUCCAAAGUGUACAAGCAACUGGACUCUCUCAAAUGAAGAAGGCUUCGCGUAUUUCGACACCAGCGCAAUCGGUGGACUCGGAAGCAUCUUCAUCAACGAUAUCGAGGAAAACUUCCUGUCUGAACUGGUCGACUACGGAAACGACACCGUUGAACGGGAAGUCCGGCUGAUCAUUCCAAAAGAAGCUGAAUUGGCCCGCAAUGCGUUGUACAAGUUUCGGCUGGUUACGACUUGUCCCGAGCCAAUCGACGACAGUGUUGACGCCGGCAAGACUCGAGUCAGCGUCGUAAGCUACUGGGACAUGGUACUAGAAACGAACGCGCCUCCGAGUGGGCUACCGUUAACGGUAACUCCCGCGGACAAUGGUACAGCGCUGAGCACGUUCUACACGUUGUCAACGGGGAUCGCUAACGAUACAGCGUCGGAUUUCCCGCUAAGAUAUACGUACUGGUACGUCGCCGAUGGCAAUACGGUCCAGGUUGGAGACUUCUACGAGGUAAUGUCAACGGAAACGCAACUGCCGUACUCCGAAAAGAACGUGUCCGUGUUUUAUACGGUAUGUGAUGCGCGGCAAGCAUGCGCCCGCAUAGAUGGUCCUCAACUGCGCGUGCAUGCAAAUCCUUCGAUAGGUUUGCCCGAUGUUCUGUUCCGGCUAGAUGUCGUCCAGAAACAUUAUGCUCGAGGAAACUACCAAGAAUCAAUGAAGGUUGCGUUCGAAACGUUGCUAACACUUAAAAAUCAAGCAUCUGGCCUGUACGACGAGGCGUACUCGAAAUAUACGACAAUCCUGGAGUCUCAGAUAAAGUCCAUCAAGGAAGCGUUCGCCCAGCAAUCUAGCUACAUCACCCAAACCAGCGUACUGCAAUUUGCCUUGCAGGCCAAAGCCAUCAUCGACUUCAAGCGUGGUAGCAACGAUCACCUGCUGGGCGAACUUCUCGAGUUGAUCGACUCCGUUGACCGCAAACCUUCGCGUAGGAGACGUGCCGCUAAUCCUGAACCAAUCCUAACAACCAAGGAAGUCGAUAGCGUAACCGCUAAGUUGGAGGUCUACAAAAGCAUUGUUAAUUCGCCCAGUGCAAACUCACACGGAACAAAUCAACUGUUGGCGUUCAUCCCGAACGCUACCAGAAUGUACUGCGAGAUGGAGGAGUCGCGGUACUCGGGGGAGGACGGAUGGCUCGUGCUGGAGACUAAGCGAUUGAAAGCAACGGAGAGGAAUUUGCUCUCGAGUGCCGAUCGGAUUCCUUCGGAUAACCCACGUGUAUCGCUGGGGUCUGUUGAUGGAGCGAAAACCGAACAGUCGUUGAACAAUGUGAGCUUGCUCUGUUUGGGCAAAAUUCUCUACGGAAGAGAUCUGAUGAAUGGGACAGGAUCGCCAAUGGGAAUGUACCAAGUGAUCCUGGUGGCGGUUUACAACAACGCAACUCAAAAGACGCUCGACUGGAAGGAGGGGAAGUAUGUUUGGAACGUUACCGUGGACGGAAAUGCAACUAACUAUGAGUGUCAAGUCUGGAAUGAUGACACCAAAUGGGGUAGCAAAUCGUGCAACAGUUCGUACCUUGGCUCUCACGUCGUCUGUGAAUGCACUCAGUUGAACUAUCUGCGAAUCAUCCCCGUCAAUGAAAGCGCGGUCGUAGAAAUUACGACAAUCUCACCAACCACGACUCAACUGUCGACAGAUCCAACUGCUAAGACCACCGAAACAGUCAUCACUACAGGAAGUGACAUGGUGACGUUCACUCCAACUACCGAUGCAUCGGCUUCGCCGACUACACCCACAAGUCCUGCCCCCGCUACCCAGCCACCAACUCCACCCAAAAUCACAAGUCCUACCAAAGCCACCCAGCCACCAACACCCCCACCCCAACCCAACUCUACCACCCCACCAACCACCAUCCCAACCCUCCCUCCCUCGGCAAGUCCGCUAAACUCCACCCAAAUGGCGUCCGCGUCACUCACCUCAGGUGGCGCUCUCGGAUAUUCCAUCCUGGGCGCCCUUGCGCUUUGUGCCGUGCUCACAAUGGCUGCCUUUGUGCUGUACCGCCGUCGCCGGAACACGACCUCGCUGGUGGACGAGCUGCAGGGCAUUGCGGGUCGGGUUCGGGCGCAGUCGCUGCCGGUGCGGUACGCGCGCUUUCAGGACGAGCACAACAUGAGCGGAGACAACGUGUCCACCAUCUCGGACACGGUGACGGUUUGAAGCGGGCGUUUCGGUGUGGAUUGGUGUUGAAGAUCGUUAGUGUUGUAUUUUGUAAUGUUUGAGCACAGUUGCUUUUGUUGUGCAUGUUUUUUUUUU